AUGGGGAAUAGACUACCUUCUUCCGCGGCUCUUGUUCGGUUCUGCCAGAAACUGAACAGGGUAAAGACUUUGGAGGAUGACUUGAUGGAGACCUCAUUUAAAAGAUGUCUUUCAACCCUUGACCUCACCCUUUUGGGGGUGGGAGGAAUGGUGGGAUCUGGCCUCUACGUCCUGACUGGUACAGUGGCCAAGGAGAUAGCCGGUCCAGCUGUGGUCAUAUCAUUUCUUAUCGCCGGUAUUGCCUCCCUCCUUGCAGCUCUCUGCUAUGCCGAGUUUGGUGCAAGGGUGCCAAAGACGGGAUCUGCCUACAUGUUUACAUAUGUUUCCGUUGGCGAACUUUGGGCCUUCCUGAUUGGCUGGAAUGUCAUCCUAGAAUAUAUGAUUGGUGGUGCAGCAGUUGCAAGAGCUUGGAGCGGAUAUUUGGACUCCAUCUUUGAUCACAAGAUCAGAAACUAUACCGAAAGCCAUAUUGGGACCUGGAAUGUGCAAUUUUUGGCUCACAACCCUGAUUUCUUAGCUGCCGGAAUUUUGCUGCUCGCCACGGCUUUUAUUUCUUUUGGGGUAAGAGUAUCCUCAUGGCUUAAUCACAUUUUUGCUGCCAUCAGUUUGGCAAUAAUAGUUUUUAUCCUUAUAUUUGGGUUUAUUCUGGCUGACCCAAAAAACUGGUCUGCAGAAUACGGUGGUUUUGCCCCAUUUGGAUUCUCCGGUAUCAUGUCUGGUACUGCCACGUGUUUUUAUGCCUUUGUAGGCUUUGAUGUGAUUGCUGCAUCCAGCGAAGAAGCAAAGAAUCCUCAAAAAGCGGUUCCCAUAGCAACAGCGGUGUCAUUAGGUCUUGCAACUGGGGCCUAUAUCCUCGUGUCCAUUGUUCUGACUCUGAUGGUGCCUUGGAAUACAUUAAUCCCAGACUCCGCUCUUUCUGAUGCUUUUUACAGGCGAGGCUACUCAUGGGCAGGAUUUCUUGUAGCCGCUGGCUCGAUUUGUGCCAUGAAUACAGUGCUGCUCAGUAACCUCUUCUCCCUCCCAAGAAUUGUAUAUGCAAUGGCUGAAGAUGGGUUGUUCUUUCAAUUUUUUGCUAAAGUAAACCCAAUCACCAAAGUCCCCGUCAUCGGAAUCGUGGUAUUUGGCUUUUUGAUGGCCAUCCUAGCACUUAUCUUUGACCUGGAAGCCCUUGUACAGUUUUUAUCCAUUGGCACUCUCCUGGCCUACACCUUUGUUGCUGCCAGUAUCAUAGUUUUAAGAUUUCAGCAGGAAAAGACAGAACCUUCAGAUGGAGCUGAACAAGAGCAAAGCCCCCAGCACCGUGCCACGGGUGUCGGUGCAGAAAGGGUUGCUGGAGAAGAAAUGAAGGAAUAUGAGUCUUUCUCUGAUAAGCUGCAACUAGUGGAAACUCGGAAAAAAGGCAAAGAGCGAAGAGAGACCGGACACCUAAAGGCUGCCUUUGAACCAUAUCUAAAGUUCUUGAGUGACUUUUAUCCUGGAGAGGUGGUCACAAUUGCAGUAGUGACCAUGAUGUUCUCCGCCAUUUGCCUGUGCUCAGUCUUGGUGUUUGGAAGCAAUCAGCUGCAUUUACCCAAAUGGAGUUUUUAUUUGCUUCUCGUGAUUUUUUUGAUUGGAUUCUUAAUCAGUUUAUUUUUAAUUUGGGUUCAUGAACAACAGAAGAAAACUCCAACUUUCCAGGUUCCAUUGGUUCCGCUGAUCCCAUCUCUUAGUAUCCUUCUAAACAUAUAUCUUAUGUUAAAGCUCAACUAUAUGACAUGGGUGCGGUUUGCUGUAUGGCUAGCUAUAGGUCUCAUUGUGUAUUUUGGCUAUGGCAUCUGGCAUAGCAAAGAGAACUUGCGUGGUCCAAAAGGUCACGGAGUCACUGCCCGUUAUGUAGUAUUUCCAAACAGCAGCCUGGAAGAGACCGUACAACAGAUCCAGCCAAAUCUGCAAGACUCCAUGGGAAGAGCUGAGAUUACGGAUGAAGAGAUCCAUAAAAGAUGA